CAUAUGAAAGGAAAGUAACUGACUCCUAAAAUUCAUGUGAAAAUGUAUUCCUGUCCUAAUUGUGGAAGUGAGGUCAAUCAGGGACAGAAAUUCUGUGGAGAAUGUGGUUCAAAAAUAGAUGUCAGUAUUUAUUUAAAGACUGCAGUUAGUAUUUGCCAAAAACUGAAGAGUGAUGGAACACAGUGUGGGACAGAGUUAACAACAGCAGUGAAUAUCUGUCCAGAAUGUUCCCCACCAGUGAAAAAAGAUGAUGAACACACUGUUAAUGUUGCCAAUGAUGGAUCAAUCCAAGGACCUACUGACACUGCUUCUCUUCAGGGGAGUAUUAAAAUUACUGAAGAGGCUGUAAGUAAAUUAGAUACUAUUAAUGACAUUCAAUCACCACCAGACAGAGCACAACCAAAUCCAUCAAAUAUGGUUGAAGGACAAGCAUCAACAGACAGUUCAAAACCAAAUCCAGCAAAUAUGGUGGGAGGACAAGCAUCAGCAGACAGUUCACAACCAAAUCCAGCAAAUAUGGUGGGAGGACAAGUGUCAACAGACAGAGCACAACCAAAUCCAGCAAAUAUGGUGGGAGGACAAGCAUCAACAGACAGUUCACAACCAAAUCCAGCAAAUAUGGUGGGAGGACAAGCAUCAGCAGACAGUUCACAACCAAAUCCAGCAAAUAUGGUGGGAGGACAAGCAUCAACAGACAGUUCACAACAAAAUCCAGCAAAUAUGGUGGGAGGACAAGCAUCAGCAGACAGUUCACAACCAAAUCCAGCAAAUAUGGUGGGAGGACAAGCAUCAGCCGACAGUUCACAACCAUGUCAAGAAAAUAUGGCGGGAGGAUUAGCAUCAACAGACAGUAAUAUAGCCUCUCAGAAUCAACAAAAUGAAGCACAGUUGAUGGAGAAUAAAAUCAAUCUAACACAAAGUUUGACAGGCAACCAGUCUGGUAAAUUAUAUUCAGUAAAUAAGCAUGCAUUGGAGUUUGUACAUUCAGAGGUACCGUCAAAAAAAUUCAAGUCAAAUACAGAAUCAUCAGGACCAGUUCAACCUAAAAAUGCUAAUGUUAGUGAACAACAGCAACCUGUAUUUGGUGGAGCAAUGAAGGACUUUAAAAAAGAGGAUGUUCAAGAAGGUGCAAACUCAGAGUUACCUUCAGAUAGAUUUCAGGGCUCUUUUAUUUUUCCUAGAGGUCAAACUAUUGAAUCAGGAGAAAAUAAGUCUUUGAGGGAAGGUCAAGUUCAAGGAAAUAAUGUGCAUCAGCAUAAAGAUAAUUGGACUGAUUCAGAAAAAAAUGGAAAAUUAAUGCAGAAUAAUGAAGCACAGGAUCAAAGUAAUAAAACACCAACGCAAAAUAAUGAUGGAUCAAAACAACAGAGCCAUGAACAACAGCAGACUAUUGGGCAAUCACAAAGUAAUGAUGGACAGAGGGGAGCCAAUGGUAGGAACCAAAGUAAAGAUACUGAAGAAAAAAACAGGAAUUCCGGGGAUACUGGUAAUAAGGAGAAUACAGCAGGUAGCCAAGAUAACAAAACGACACAAGAUGAGGAUAGUGCAGAUACAUCUGAAAGUGAUAGUUCUGAAGAGGAGGUACAGAGAGUACAAGCAUACAAGAAAAGGAAAAGAGGAAAAAAGAACAAAAAGAAAAAAGAGGAUAAGAAGAAAGAAAGAAAAGAAGAAAGUAAUAAAAGAAAACAGAAAACUAAAGACAAUAAAAACCAAAAUGAAAAUUUGUCUGAAAAUUUGGAAACAGAUAACAAUGGUUCCAAUACUACUGAAACACACAACAACACAAGUGUGGCAGAAACUCCUGGAGGAAGUAAAACUCCUGGCAAUAAGAGAGAAGAAGGAAGAAAGACUUUUGCAGAUGCAGCUGCUUCAAGUAAGAACGAGCCUGCGAAAUCAGCAGAAAACAAGCCAGGAUCAAAUAACUUUAUAGAUGUAUGUUUCCAUGCUGUUAUUUCACCAACAAUAAUGGACCCUCAAAAAGACUAUGUGGUAUUGGCAUUUGAGAAAUAUGGAGGUGGAUGGAAUAGUAAAAGAUACAAGUUAAAACUGGAAAGCCCUAGAUCAGAUGGAUACACACUAGGUACAGUAACAGUUGGAUUUCCAAAGUAUAUGCUUAAAGGAUAUUCAAGUCAAACAUUUUGGUACAACUAUCGUGUAUAUCAUGGAGGAACAAGUAAUAGCAGUACUUUUGAAUAUUUUUACCAAAGUGGAGAAGAAAUGACUAAAAUUGGAUUUUUCAGAAAGUUGUGGGUACCUUCAGAAUACUUAUCUAGAGGUAUUCACCAUUGCUAUGAUGGAAUUGUUAGGGAGGAUCCAAGAUUAGGAAAAGGCAUUUUGGGUAGUUUGAAAGAAUCAGUUAAAAAUUUCUUUGGAAAGAAUCAGUACGACAAGUUACUUCAAGAAGAAACAGAAUUUUCAAUAUUGGCAUUUCAACCAGCCUGGCAGUUAAAGUCUAUGCAAACUGAUGGUUUAAAUGGAGAAGAAAUGAUAUCAAAAAUGAAAGAGAUAAAUGAAGGGCUAAGGAAUGUCUGUGUCAAAGGAAUUAAAUUGAUGUUUGGUGGAGCUUUUGAUUCUAUGUUUUCUAGUGUUUUAUGUCAACACCUACAGGCAGUUAUACAUGAAUUGGAUGUAGUAAGCGGACAACAACUUACUGACGAAGCUAAGGGCAUGUGUUUACUCACAGCUGUGACUCUAACACACAUUAUAUGUGAAUAUGGAAUCAAAUUAGAAACCAAAGAAAGAAGAAUGUUAUGUGAAGCUUUGUUGCCAAGACCAGAUUUUGAAAACAAAGUUUCUCAAGAUGUUGAAGAUUUGAAGAGUUUUCUUCCUAAUCAGUUGAAAAAUGUUGCUGAUUCAGUAUUGAAAUUUGCAAGAGGCAUAGCAUUUAGUACAUCAGAUCCAAGCUGGAUGUUCUGUGUUCCUGUCAUUCAUUCAAUGUUCAAGUAUAGUUUUCCAUUUGAAAAUGCACCACCAAAAGUAGACCAUGCUGAGAAAACACCAUUUUGGUGGGGUGUUAGUGACUUUGGUGGUGAUCAUGAAUAUUUUAAAGGAAAAUCUAAUUGGGACCGGCCAAAGGAUGAGAUAUUAGAGAAACUGAAACCAUACUUUGAAGUUGAUUAUCUACUUCCAAGGACAUUUUUGGCAUCAUUGAAGCUAGAGCUGAUACACACUGUUGUCAUAAGUCACUACAUUCCUCCUGAAAUAUCACUGGCAUCAUCUAUUUAUUACUUGAAAAAAAAUGCAGAUAUUGGAUUUAUUAAGAAGAUAAUUCAGCAUGUGGCAGAACAGUGUUAUAAUGAUUGUCCAGAUAUGUCCUCAAAUGGUUUGAUAAAGUGGUUUAUGAUAUAUAAGAUUGCAGCUGACCUUCUUGCAGAAAGUUUAAGAUUCCCUCAAAGCGGAAAUCGAGAAAUUCAUCUAUCAGCAGCAGAGGUGUUUUUGACAGCUGUAGAUAGAUUUCAUAAAAUCCAGGAAAAGCUUAAUCCAAACAGAAAUGAAUAUAAAGAACUUAGUAUGACCAAGGAUGAACACUUAACAAAAUUUCAUGAAUUAAGACUAAAAAUUGUUGCAUGGUUAGCGGGAGAAGAAUUUACAUACAAAGAACUGGAAUAUAUGAAGAAAUGGAAUGCAGCAUUAUCUUUGAAAAUACCGAAUGGCAGGAUAAAAGACUCAUAUAUAAAAGAACUAGCAGAUAGUUUACGGAGUAUCCUUCAAAAGAGGGGAUCAGAAGAAGAACUGAUUGAGAUCUACUGUUUACACACUGACUCAUUUGAGGGAGUAGUGCAAGAGAUUCUCCUUAAAGUUGCUCUAAAUGCAGUAGGUAGGUGUAGUCAUUUUAAGUUCAAAAAUAUUCAUGAUGAAAGAUGUAACUUGCGUUUGGGAGAGCUUCUAUCCAAUGUGUUUGAAACCAGCUGGGAUGUAAAAAAGCUAGAUAACUUCCAUGAAGCAGUGGAUCAUGCCAUUACAUGGGGACCUUUCCCAACAUAUAUGGAGUUGUACUGUGACAGUCCAAAUGUGUUGAGUGAUUAUUGUCAAGGCUUGCUGGAGAAGUUUAAAGCAAUUAUUCUGGAUUUUAUUCAACAGUUGUUCAAAGGAAAUAUUGUAAUUAAAGAUUUGAUGAACUUGUCAAAUAAAUGGAAUAGUUUCCAGAAAUUACUUAUUGCCAUAAAAAUUGAUGAUACAGAUAGCAUAUUGGAGAUCAUGAAUCUGAGAAUAAAAGAAUAUGAGACAUUCAAGACAACUUUUCAGACUGUCCAAGAAUUUGUUUACUACAGCAAGCAUUGCAGAGCUGAUGCUGGCCUGUUGGAAACCAAACUCAAAGAAUUCAGCAAUACAGAUAUGGUUAUUCUCAAUACACUUGUUCAGACUAGGAAUUUAGAACAUUUGAAAGGUGUAGAACAUUAUAAGCCGGUAGUAAUUGUGUUUGAACUCAGUUCUGAAGAAUUGGAAAUAGUCCCCAAAAUUCUCAAAUGCUGUAAAGGAUAUCUUUUCUUGAGAAUUUGGGAAAAGAAGGGAAUAGAAUUGGAAAAGAAGACUGGAAAACUUCUACCAGUGAAUGAAAUCUUUGGAAAGAUUUGGCAACCAUCCUUUGAAUUAUGGACAAAUUUGUGUAACCAGUUGAAAACAGGAGACAUGUUGUUCUCAGAUUUUGAAAAGUGGUUCAAAGAAAUUGCAGGAAAUACUAACAGUUUGAGAAAAGAAUUUUUAAAUAUUGAAAGCUUUGAAAAUGUAGAAAAUACAAAUUGGAUCAAAGAGAGGCUGUUUCAGAUAGAAAAGCACAGAGAUUUGAAAAGCUGUUUAUACGGAGCAACAGCUAUUAUGGAGGUAGUGACUGUAUAUGAAUUGAAAGGGAAUUUUACUCAGAUUCAGGAUAUAAUUGGAUUGACUGGUGGUGCUGAUACUAGCAUGAGGAAACUGGAUAACAAUCUACUAGCUACUUGCUCUAUACUUGGGGAAGUUACUAAUGAAAGGGCCGAAUGUCUUAAGGCAUUUAUCAAAUGUAAACCACUUGUUGAUUGGCUAACAGAAUCUAUGCCAGCUGGUUUGAAGGAAUUAAAAGUAUUUGUAGACUUGGCCAGUAUAUCAGCUGGGGAGUUACCAUAUGAAAUUGCCAAGGUCAAUUGUUUACAUUCUGCUACCACUGGAUAUGCUCCACUCAUCUUCAAUUUAGAAAAAAAAUGUGACACAGAAUUAUUCUUAAAAAAAUGUGAAGAAGUGUGGAAGGAACUUGAAUCAAACUGUAACCUUCCUGAAAAACUGGUUCGCACCACACAACAACUUGAAUGGUUACAAUCUGUAAAAAAAUCUCAUGGAUCAGUAGAGGUUACCUCCCUUGCUCAGACAGAAGCUAUUAAUGGAAAGGGCAUCUUUCAAAUAGGGAACUUGAUGAAAACAGGCACUUUGAAAAGCCCAGAGUUAUCAGAUGUAAUAGAGUUAUUUGUUCCCAAAGAGGAAGGAAGUGAGGGUGAGAAGAAACACUACAGAUAUGAACAGUUACAUGACCUUAAGUCACGUCUUAUGUUAGUUGCUGGCAAAGCUGAGAGAGGCAAAGAUGAUGUUGACAGAUUUAUGUGGAUUCUAGAUUCAGUUGAGAGACUUGGAAGAUUUUAUUCAAAGCUUGUUACUGAAGGAUGUGUCCUGUUUUCACAUUGGCAUGUGAAGUUUUUAUGUGACAGAGAGUGUAAAGCAUGUGCUUUUAUAAACUUUGGCUCUGAAGGAGAUAGACAGAUAUUAAAAGGUAGAGUGGAUGAAGCAAAUAAAGAUGUCAGUGAUAUUAUACCACAGCUUGCUAGAUUUCUAGAGCAGUGUCAUAACAAAUGGCUGGAGUAUAUUGACCACACAAGGGACAAAUAUUACUGCUUGAAUAACUUUACAAUUGACCAGAUGGUGAUUUUACAACAAGAACUUGUAAAACUAGGGUCUGACAAAGAGCCAUCAGCUUUGAUUUAUCCAUUACUGUCUGCUGUGAAGCAAGGGUGUACUAAAGAUGACUUGGUGAAAGCUAUGACUGCUGCUAAGUCAGAUAUUGAUAAUGUCAAGGAAGAGAGAAAAACAGAAAUGGAGACCACCGACAGUGAUCAGAUUUUGGUUGAUGAAGAACCAGAAGAUGUGAAAGUACAGAAAUUUAUAGAAGAAAUGGCAAGUGCUGGAUAUUCACCUGUAAUAGCAAGGGAAGCCUUGAAACAUGUAGAGUCUGAUAAUAUUGACGAGGGAUUAGUAUGGUGUAUGACCAACGAAGAUGAUUUCAAGCCAGAAGAACAAAAUAUAGAUGAAGCUCAGAGAGAGGAAGUCAGACAACAGGAAGUGUUUACAGGAUGGAUAAAGACUGAUCAAUCCUUAGCUUCAGUUACAAAAGGUCUUGUUCAUGACCUGGGUGGUGCCACUAGGGAGAAUGCUGUAGAGAAAUUAAUCAAAACUCUGGAGGAACUAUGGAAGAAUUUUCUGAUGUCUGUUUCAUCUAGUGUUUCUGACUAUCUUAGUGUGGAACAUCUAGGCAUGAUUUUGAACAGACUUGCUGAGCAAGAAACCUUCAUGGUAGAAAGAACCUUGUUGCCAUGUUUUGCUUCCUCAGAGCCUAACCUUAUAAUUUGCCCACAAAGUGAUAUCUACAACACAGUAUUAUCUGUAUACAGUCAUGAAGUGAACAGACCUCUACCACAGUCUGAUGAGGUUCUCUUGUGUACACCUUACACUACAUUGGAUAUGCUUGAAACAUUCUGGAGAAGAGCAUUAUUUGCUGACAACAGUAAAAUCUACUGUCUUGUCAAUGCUGAUCUGCUUGAUUAUGAUGUCAGUGAUAAGGGAGAGAAAUCUUUGGAAAGACACAUGAAAAGUGCUAAAAGUAGAGGCAUACAGUACCGACUCGUAGUUAUUUGCAGUAGUGAAAAUGAAUACAAAUCUAGAAUAGUAGCAGCCCUUGACAAAUAUCACAAGAACCCUUUAAAUACAGAGGUGUCUGCUAUUAGGAAAUACUUGCUGGCAAAAUUAAAGGUAGAUGAGGAGAACAACACAAAACCAGCAUCUGUCGUAGAUUAUGAAAGAUGCAGUGUUCGUGUUGUAAAGUCAUGGAGAGCUGGCAUUGGGAAGACAUUAUACAAGAUGAGAAUGGUAGAGAGUUUACAGCAACAAGUUCCUACCAUGGAAAACAGUAUCACUAUUCCUCUUCAUGAAAAGGCAUUGAAUAAUGAUGAAAUUAUGGACAUCUUCAAAGAUGAAAUUUCACCUCCACAAGAUUAUAGACCAAGGAUAUUUCAUAUAGACAUUUCACACGAGGUCCAGGAAGGAGUAGAUGCUUUUCUCUUUCAGUUGUUAAUACUUGGAUGUUUAGGCCAUAGUUCUGGAUAUGUAUGGAGAAGAUCUGAGUUGGAUUACUACAUCAUCGAGUCUAUGCCUCUAUUAGCUAAGGAUACAGAUGCAAAAGUCAAAGAGGUAGGAAAGUUGAAGUGUUUACAUCAUUGCUUGGACAUUCUACCCUAUGUAACCUGUAGAUCUCCUCAGGAUAGUCUGGAUAUACUCAAUAAUACUAGGAUACCAAAAGACCAUACCACCCAUGAUAGACUCUUUGAUCGCAUUGAAUUUCAAAGUGCCACAUUCCAAAGACCAUACCAGUAUCUAAAGAGACUUGAUAAUAACCAGAAACUUGAUGGUGUUGACCCAAACAAGGUUGAAGGAGAUGAGAGAAACUGUUUGACAGUAUUAAUCAGUCACUGUGGUAUUAAAGAUCCAUCUUGGUCUGAGUUGUAUCAUUUUGUCAGCUUCUUGAACAAACAGCUGCAAGACUUUGAGGUGUCAGCUUUCUGUGGUCUGGCAGCAAUGGAGGAUUUACCUGGAUUUUCUAAAUUUGUACUCAGAUUUCUGAUACAAAUGUCAAGGGAUUUUUCCACAAGAUCAUUAGAAGUAAGUGAGGAGUCACCAAUACAGAUGUUAAAGAGAGAAAUAAAUCCGGAGGAGGGCGAUGAUGACGUUGUACAACAAUACAAAAUGAGGCGUACAUGGGAAACUAGUCCACAUCCAUACUUGUUCUUCAACCCAGACCAUCAUAGCAUGACAUUCCUUGGUUUUAACAUAGAAAAAAGAACAGGAAACUUAGUUGAUUUACAGACAGGAACAGUCUUAGAAAAAGGAAUAAUGCAAAAAAAUUUAUUUGAUGCACUUCAAAGAAACAAGGUCAACCUGGCAGAAAACUUUGAUGCCCUUAAAAGAUCUGAACAAAUUACUAAGCUAUGUAAUGUGAUGGGAUUAGAUAUACCACAUGACCCUGAUGAGACGUAUGAACUGACAACAGAUAAUGUGAAGAAGAUUCUGGCUAUAUAUAUGAGAUUCAAAUGUCAUAUACCAGUUAUCAUUAUGGGAGAGACAGGAUGUGGUAAAACUCGUCUUAUCAAGUUUAUGUGCGCACUACAGCAACCUCCUGGUGUAAAAGUGGAAAAUAUGAUUCUUAUGAAGGUACAUGGUGGUACAAAACCGUCAGACAUUGUAAAAAAGGUCCAGCUAGCUGAAGUAGUUGCCAUGGAUAAUGCUCAAAAGUACAAAAAUAUGGACACAGUGCUGUUCUUUGAUGAAGCUAAUACAACUGAAGCCAUUGGUGUUAUCAAGGAAAUUAUGUGUGACAAGUCUCUUGGAGGAAAACCGAUUAAUCUACACGAGAGAUUGAAAAUAGUGGCAGCUUGUAAUCCAUAUAGAAAACAUUCUGAUGAGUUGAUUAAGAGAUUAGAACAGGCAGGACUUGGUUAUCACGUAGAUGCUGACAAAACAACAGACAAACUUGGGCGUGUACCAAUGAGGAGGUUGGUAUAUAGAGUUCAGCCACUCCCACAAAGCAUGCUUCCCUUAGUUUGGGACUUUGGACAAUUGAAAACCGAAGUAGAGGAGAUGUACAUAAAACAGAUGGUCCGUAGAUAUGUAAAGAAUGGAGAACUCCCUGACAUUCAAGGAUUGGAGACAGUCUUAAGUAAGAUACUGACUGUAUCACAAGACUUUAUGAGACAACAGAAGGAUGAGUGUAGUUUUGUUAGUUUGAGAGAUGUAGAGAGAGUUUUACAAGUGAUGAGUUGGUUCUUCAGACAGAGCAAUGAAGACCAGUUGUUAUUUAGGAGAAUGAGAGGUGAAUUGGAAGAUUCUGAUUCAGAAACAGACUCAGAUGAUGAAUCUAUGGAAGAUGUACUACCACCACAGAUAAAUGAGAUCACUAGAUCAUUGGUUCUCGCACUUGGAGUUUGUUAUCAUGCUUGUUUAAAAAAUCGAGAAGAGUACAGGGAUACAGUAGCCAAGUAUUUUAAACAACCAUUACUUCUGGUAGGAGGAGCUAACCAGAUAGAAGAGGAAAUUUCAAAUUGCCAGUCUGUGUUUCUUGAUAGUGUAAACUUAGCACCAAACAUAGCCAAAAACCAGGCUUUGAAAGAGAAUGUAUUUAUGAUGAUUGUGUGUAUAGAGCUGAGGAUCCCUAUGUUUCUGGUGGGUAAACCUGGAAGUUCUAAAUCUCUAGCCAAAACAAUAGUAGCUGAUGCCAUGCAGGGAAAUGCUGCUCAAGAUGAUCUAUUCAAAAACUACAAACAGGUUCAGAUGGUAUCCUACCAGUGCAGUCCCUUAUCAGUACCAGAAGGUAUAGUUGGUAUGUUCAGACAAUGUGCUAACUUCCAGAAAGAUAAACCACUAGAUAGAUUUGUGUCAAUUGUUGUAUUGGAUGAGAUUGGUCUGGCUGAAGAUUCACCAAGAAUGCCUUUGAAGACUCUACAUCCUCUGUUGGAAGAUGGAUGCCCUGAUGAUGAAAAACCAGAAAAAUAUAAAAAGGUUGCCUUCAUUGGUAUAUCAAACUGGGCACUGGAUCCAGCCAAAAUGAAUCGUGGUAUCCUGGUACAGAGAGAAGUUCCUGAUAUCACAGAACUCAUCGAAAGUGCUGAGGGAAUUUGUACUACAAAAAGACAAAAGAUACUGAAGUAUAUAAAACCACUGAUUCCAGAUUUAGCUGAAUCUUACUUAGCCCUGUUUAAAGAAGCAUCCACAGAAAUGAGAGAAUUCUUUGGUCUCAGAGACUUUUAUAGUUUAUUGAAGAUGUUGUAUGGUUUCCUGUCAAGAUCUAGAAAGAAACCCUCAUGGCUACAACUAAAGCAUUCGAUCCUUAGAAAUUUUGGUGGAUUAGAGAAUGUCAAACCUGUUGACAUUUUCUAUGAUAAAUUGUCACAUCUUGUUGACAAAGAUGAGGAGCCAAGAGAAGAUGAUCCGGACUGUACAUCAGCAGGAAUGAUUCAGGCAUGUCUGACAGGGGACAAGAUGUCAAAUAGUGAGACAAGAUACAUGUUGUUACUGACAGAGAAUUAUGGAGCCCUGACAAUAUUACAACAGAAAAUCUUUACCAUGGAGAACGCUGUUGUUAUAUUUGGUAGUAGUUUCCGUAGUGAUCAAGAAUAUACACAGGUGUGUAGAAAUAUAAACCGUAUCAAAGUUUGUAUGGAGACUGGGAGUACUGUUAUCCUGUUGAACUUGGAGAAUCUUUAUGAAAGUCUUUACGAUGCUCUGAAUCAGUAUUAUGUAGAGUUUGGUGAUGAGAGAUAUGUAGAUUUAGGACUUGGAACACACAGAGUUAAAUGUAGAGUACAUAGAGCUUUCAGACUGAUUGUAGUAGCAGAGAAACAGAUUGUAUAUGACAAGUUUCCAAUUCCACUGAUCAAUCGUCUGGAGAAACAUUUCUUAUCAUUGAAGACCAUGCUGACACCUUCUCAGUUAGAGCUUACAGUCAAAUUACAGGAUUGGGCACAGCAGUUUUGUGAGGUCAAAGUUCCAUUAGAUAUGAGAUACUUGAUACAAAAGAAAGAGACUAAAAAAAUAGGAGAUGUUUUUAUGGGUUACCAUGAUGACACAUGUGCUGCGAUCAUUCUGCAUGUUUGUCAAGAAUUAGAAUGUACAGAUCUUACUAUAGCACAGAUGGAGAAACAGAUAAUGAGAGAUGCAGAGACGAUGCUUUUAUGGUGUGCAACACCUUCAGCUGUAGUUGAUCUUGAAGACGAACAUUUUUUGUACACAUAUUUCUUGGAUCAGCACCAUGAAAGCCUAGAGGAUUAUAUGCAUUAUAAGAUAGUGGAACAAGAACUACACAGCAUUCGUUCUCAGAUCACAACUAAUUCAAAGUUGCUCUCUGUAGCAGAUAUUGAAAUCCUGUGUAAAGUAAUUUCAAUCCAGAGAAAGAAUGUAGAAUUACUGAAUCUUCAAUCAUUUGAUACAGAACAACAGUUUAGUAGACAGAUCAAGGCAUUUUUUGACAAAGAAGAUACUACUGAAGACCUUCUACUGAUUAUACAAUGUGAUAGUGGUGAUCAGAACAAUGACUUGAUAGCCUGUGCUAGAAACACUUUACAGGAUGAAUUACAACAGAUACAUGACCAGGCAUUGAAUGUUCAUGUGGUGUUUCUGAUACAGCUGCCUGGAAUAGCUGGAAGUAGCUUUACUGGUUUCCAGUGUGGGUUAUGGCAUUCUGUUCACAUAGAUGACAUCCACCCUCCACCAUUGGAGCUACCCUCUAUUGCUGAUAUGUAUGGAAUGUCUGUUAGUGCUCUGUUAGACUCUAAGGGAGAUAACCUCAGCUUAAGAGAGAGAAAACCUGAAGACCUUGAAAGAUUGCAAACAGCAGAGGAUAUAGAUUUGACUGAUAUACACCUAGAAGAAAAAAUUAUUAGGAGAAGUUUUGCACCAAAGAGACAGUUUAACAUUGAAUAUUUAAUAGAGAAAUGUAUUCAGCCUGCUGUAGGAAAUGUGAAAGACUCGGAAUCUGAAUCUUCCAGAGCUAUAGAAAGACUAACUUUAAUUCUGAAUUGUAUGCACAAUGAGACAGGUGAAAUGACCAUCUUGUCUGGAAUUGCAAAACACUUAACUUGUAUACUGAAGGAAAAAGACAAGAGUGUCCAAAGAGUUGUAAAUAACUGGCUGGCUAGAGAAGCUGCUAAACCAGAAAAUGUAAACAGAGCUGGUACUUUUAGGAACUUUGCCCUUCAGUGUUUGGAAUCUAAAGUUAUUCCUGUUUUAGCUGGUAUUAUAGCCUUCAUAGACACAAACAAAAAUCUAGAUAUACUAGCUAAUAGAAACCAAAAUGAUUGGCAGUUUAAUCUUUGGUCACAAAUUUUGAACGAUCCAGAAUUGACAAAUCUGAAAUAUUCAUUAAUGGUAUCACCAAAAAGACAUAAAGAACUGCAUGAAGUUUCUGUGAAAACAACUUCUAUGGAUGGAAAACUGUUUUCAGCCAGUAUGCCAUUUUCCUGGAUUAUUUUUGGGCAGAUUGAAGAAGUCUUAAGAAAAACUAUUGAUGCAAAAGAUAUCAAAGACAGUUAUUAUGAUGUGGUGAUGAAGGCUUCAGAAAUCUUCCAGUCAAUACCAUUGGGUAGACUACUUGACAGUAUAGAGGGUACAUAUAUCCAUGAUGUACUAAAGGCAUAUCUUAAAGAUUUCAUUCAUAUGGUUUAUCCUGUGCAGUCAGAUGAGGAAUGUAGUCUGAUGUGUGAAAGUGUAGUAAUUGGAUGUCGACAUCUGAUUCAUGGAGAGUUUGGAAGAAUGCUACCAUCCAUUGUAGGUUGUCAUAUGACUUUUAUUCAACAUGACACCCGAUUUAAAAACUUUUCAAACAUUGUACAUGUAUGGCCAGGAUGCAGCCAGAGGACCCUGGAUUAUCAGCAGAAACAGUCAACAGCUUAUUUAGUAACUGAAGAGGAAAUUACAUUAGAUAUACUAGCGCUUCACAUGUUAAUUGGUAAACUUGAGCCGAAUAGAGAUGAGCUGAAUAUGACAGAAGGUCGGACAAAAUGGAUGAGGCUAAUGUGUGAUUACAGACCAGUUGUGGAAAGGAUUUUUGGACAUUUUAAUCAGGAAUUAGACGACAAAUGCUAUCAGUAUGGGGAGAGGUGUGCAAAAGGAAUAGAAGAAGCAAGGUAUCAGUGGACCAGAGCAGUGGUGGUAAAGUUAUUGAUAGAACAUGUAUGCAGUACUGGGAAAGAAGACCUUGAUAUCAAACGAUGCAUGACACUCUGGGGCUUGCUCAGACAGAAGGCUGAUAUGAAAACAAUCCAGUCACUCAAGAAAGUUGCGGACUUCUUGAAACUCUGCAACAAGGAUAUAGUGACACAGUGCUUUGGCCAGCAAGAUAAAUGUACCCAGUGUGAGAUGUUGAUAGAGGGAGCUCCAGUCAGACUUCCUUGUGAUCAUGUGAUAUGUAGGAAAUGUUUCCAUGGACUUGUAGCGACAGAAGAAUUUGCAUGUCCAAAUCAAAACUGUCAGGAGAUAUUCCCAAAUAAUUUGGAUCCUAAUACUUGUGAUACAAAGGUGGAAACAAAAAAGUACAAUGACUUCAGGAGAAGAUGUAAUAGUUUCUUUAUGGAGGUUGUAUCCCAGCUUUGUUUUGCUGAUGGAACACCACCGUCCAAGGAGGUUAUUGAUAAACUCCUGUCUUAUAUAACUGGUCAUAGUAGGACAAAGAGGGCUGAGAGAAUUGUGUCAAAAGAACUGACCAUAUUUGAAGAUUCUAUUGACCCCACACCAGUCGUGAGGUCAUUCCUCUUACAGCAGUUGAUGCAGACAAGCAGUGACAAUGAAAUACAGAAGUACUUAUCAGCCUAUUUUACCAGUGCCUCUGACUUAGUUAAGACCUCUGGAGAUCCUCAUCAGUUGGUGGAAUUGUGUCUUCUUGUUUUGCAGUGUAUGGAGGAUUCAUUGCAUCAGCAGUUUGACCAAGAUGAACAGAUUGCUGCUGCAACUCAGAUGUUGAGGGAGGCUGUUCCAAACAUUGCAAGUGAUAUUGAAAUUUUGGACAAAAUUGGACAUAUUUCUAGAGUGCGUUUUUCACUGACUGUUGUUGCCAAAUAUAUUCAUAAAUUGUACGGAACAUCAAAGAAAUCCAUGCCUGAUGCAUCCAUGAGAAAUCUUUUUGAGGAAGCAGCCAGACUUUGUGAUGAAUGUAAUUCACCAUGGCCAAGAAGAUUCUUUGUAAAACAGUUGUGUAGACAGUAUGGAAUAGAUAAUUACCAGACAAUUGUGGCAAAAAGUGAAUCAGGACUCUUAAGAUGGGUCAAUCUACCAGAACUGAAAGGACGACAGGUUGAAGAAUGUCAUGACAGAUAUAUAGUAAUGGGAGAUGCCUACAAACAACUGAGAGAGACUUUGGUCACAACAUUGUUAAGUGAAGAGAAUGAAACACUAGAGAAGAUUUUAUUGAAUCCUGGUAAAAAAUGGCAGACUAGAAUAAAGUUAUCACUGGCCAUACACAGAGAGAUCUGUAUGAAGAAUGUAUAUGAUGAAGAUAGACAAAAGUUAACUCUCAAAGGAAAGACUUUUCUAAGUGAACACAUAAUGAACCAUACUUUGGUGAAAAAUAAGGAGUUCACAGAGAGACUACUGAAUAAUUCCAUGUGGAAAUAUGGAGGAAACAUAACCAAAGGAAUGGAUCUAGGAGAACAAAACAUUUUCUGUCUGUUGACACAUUAUUUUACUCUGAUGACAGAGAUUCCAGGGGAGAGCACUCUACUGACACCACUGAAGAAAAUAGCACUAGAGUCUGCCAGUAUGGUGGGUUCAUAUUACCCUACUAUGCCACAGGAUGACUUUAUAGAAUUACAAAAAGCCCUUGCAGAUGCCAAAACUAAAAACCCAGAUGAUUACAACCUUGAAUUUUAUAGAUGUCCAAAUGGCCAUGGAUAUGUUAUUGGUAAUUGUGGAAACCCUCAAGAAAUAAAAACCUGCAGAGGUUGUGGAGAGAAAAUAGGUGGAGAAAGUCAUAAACUGGUGGCUGGUAAUGUCAAGGGUACUGGUGCUGAUAGAACAGAGACCGGACAUACAUUAGGAAGAGCAGCCAAAUUAGACCCUGUUACUGGAACAGAAAGGAGGUUAAACAGAACAUCAUUGGCAGUUCUUAGAUUGUUGACACAUAUCUCUAUGUAUUUGGGAGCAAACAUAAACUUGCAGGCAGUUUGUCAGUCUAUCAAACCCAAUAUAGAGGAGACUGAAGUCUGUUGUUAUAUACUGGAACAUAUUGACCUUGAUUUGACCUCUCUACAAAAUAUUCUGGGUAAAAAUAGAGAUGAUGUCAUGGUUUUGAUGCACUAUUUGUUGGUGCAGAUCAUGGUUAGUCACACAGCGGCUGUAGUAGCUGAAAAUCAUCCACCAGAUAUUUGUGGAUUAGUCAGCAAAGAAUCCAGAUCUGAAUGGGAGGAAAACUUUGCUGGAAAGUUUAUUAUACCAGUUUUACAGAAUAUGGAGAAUAUCUUGAGAGAUUGUAAUCAAAAAAUACUGAACGAUGAAAGACUUGGAGCUGAUCCAUUACUACAGAUAUUGUAUGAAACAGACAUACCACCAGAGAGGCAGGAUAUGUUGACCUUGCAUGACAUACCAGCAGUGUGGAGAUAUAGAGAACUGAUUUCUGUUAACCAUCUCAGACAGAACCUGGAUACAGUCAAAAUAGACCUACCUGUUCUUCAACUAUUCCUAAAAGAGGAACAUCAUCUUAGAGCUAUAAGAUUUAUACCAAGUAUAAUGAGAUUACAGAGAAUGUUGAUACAGAAAUAUGGUAGAAAGUUAGAUAGAGCAGAAGCUACAAUAUUGACCAUUGACACUGUUAAACAACAAAUGAAGCAAGAUAGAAAACUGAAAGAAUUUGUAGGCUUGUUGAAAGAGUUCACAGAAGCUUGGAAUUGUGUAAAGGAAUCUUUGGAGACAUAUUCAUGUCCAGCUGAUGGAAAUUUAUUGAUGAUUGACAAGGCCUACUGUAGGUCAAAGUUCACAGAUGAUACACCAGUGUCGUAUCUGAUUCCAACAUAUCAGGAUGCAGGACUUUGUUCCUAUGUCUUGUUGUUUUUCCUGUUAGAAAAGCAGGAUUUGUUUUUGCAAAGUUAUUGUUCUCAGAGAAAAUUGAAGGAGGAAAGUCUUCCAACAGUGCAUGUGAAAGACAUAUCUUCAGCCCAUUUAAUCAGUUACCAUCCAGACAAAGACCUGUUACCCAUGGUGUUGGCUAACUGUAACUAUUCCUUUAAGGUUGGCCAAGGUACUGAGAUAGAAUAUAACUAUGCCAACUUGGAAAGACAACUUAUGGAUAGAUUUCUAUUCUCAAAAUCAUUUAUAAAAGGAUAUGGAGAGAUAGAAACCAUCAUAUACAGAUCUGAAUCUACAAAUGCUAUUGUUUUCAAAACUUUAUGUGACAAGAUUCCACAGGAAAGAUUACAUCAUGCAGUGCAGAGUCAGAUAUGUGGAGAGUUACGUACAAAAUCAUUCCCAGAAUUGUGUGAAAGUCUUGACAAAUUAGACAUUGCCAUUAGUUUCCUAAAGUCUGUGGGAUCAGACCCUAAUAGUUCUCUGGCAGACUUUAUGUCUAACAUCAAGAUAGAUAACCCAUUUCCAAGUCCAAAGGCUAAGCAGACUAGCAAGUGUAAACACACCAUGUCUCUAUGGAUUUUAUUUGCUCUGGAGAGAGCUAGGACCCUAGCCAAAUAUGAAAAGAAAGCUUUUGAAAGUAUAGGAGAGACUUUCAGAACAACACUGACAGAAGAUCAAACAAAGAUAAUAGAAGAAAUUUUGAAGAGCCUUACUGUAGAACAAAUUAGUGAAAUGGUGGAAUUAUUGUUUGAAUGUAUUGUAUUGAAAAUAGAUGUUCCACAAAAUCGAGAUGAUGAGGAUUACUUUGAUAUGUCUAAAAUGAAUUUGCGAGAUGCUUUGAUUGGAUAUCAGGACUCCUGUCCCUUUGAAGGCAAACAGCAGAUUGAAGAAACAACUAUGAAUGUCUUAGGUCAAAUACCAUCAGACAUAGAAGAUCCUAACAGGGUGCUGACCGCCCACUCUGUUGAAUUUUGGAUCCUUGCCAAUAAAAUAUGCACAAGCAAACAGCAAAGGAGACAUUGAUGAUACCAUAAAUAGAAACUGAUUGGAUUUAUAAACUUUUAAAACUUAUUAAGUAGAUAUAGAAUAUAUUUAUAUGUAUAUAUGAUCAAGGAAAAAGGAUUUGUGAUAAGAAUUAGGCUAUAUCUAUGCAUUCAUAUCGUUAAAAUAUCAGUGAUGUCAAAAAUGGUAUGAAUAAUGUUUUUAGUUUUUUGUGAAGUAGUGAUAUUAGUUGUAUUUGCUGAAUUCGAGGACCACUGAUAAUUUUGUUUUAUUUUGUGUAAUUCUGAUUAUAUAUAACGAAUCUCAUGAUUACACAGUAAAUCUAAAUCCCUGAAACUUCACAGGUAAAUAACACACAUUGAAGUUUGAAGAUUGUUUUCCCAUUUUUCCAUACUUGGAAACUGAGUAAUUGUUCUGUAAAAUUUUCAAAAGAUGGUGCAAUUUUUUGUUUUCUACCCAAAUCUUUGGAACUUCAUAGAAAGUUUUCUAGCAUAUAGAGGUUGUGCAAUUUCUAUUAUUGAGUUGUUUAAAGUUUUAAGUUAUCCAAUUUUAUAUUUACAUAUAAUUUCCAUUGUUUAAGAAACAUUCUACGCAAACCCAGACAUGUUAAAUUUAAAUUACAUGUAGUUCUGUAAGCUGGACAUACAGAAAGGUUUAGUAAGUAUCUGAAAGAUAGUUGACAGCUCUAAAAACACUGUGAUUUCUGAAUUUAAGGGUAAAAAAAGUGUCCAUUUCAUAUUUGACUCAAGUUGUGAUAAUUUUUCAGCAUUACAUUUUAAAAAUUUUAUAUUUACCUGUGUAUACCUUGUUGGUUAAGUUUUGAUAACCUUAUUUUUGAUGAUUUUUUGAAUGAAGAAAUAUAGGUAUUGUUGAAUUAUGAUACAUGUAUUAAGCUUUAAUUACUGUUAAAUUAUUAUAUGAGUUUUAUGAAAAGAUUUGGGGACCAGUCAUUGUUUGUAAUGAUAGAUCUUUUUGUUGUUGCUGUGACUCAUUAUUCCUAUUGGACAUUUUAUAAGUAAAUGAACAAUAUCUUCUUGUUCUUACUUCACAAACACAAAUUUUUGGUGAAUUCUUUUGUUGGCAGUGUAAUUGAAAAAAAGAUAGUUACUGGUAUAUGAAAAUUAGUGGAAAUAACAUUAAUUUUUUUUAAUUUAAAAUAUUAUUAUUUUCAGCUAAUAACAAAAUCAUGACCAAUUUGUUUCAGUUUACAUAUAUAUUGAAAUUAGAAAAUUAUGUUUAAAUUUGAAUCAGUGAGUACAUUAUUUUUUAUUUUGAAGAUUAUUUUGUCUAGACAAUGUUAAUAAUAAAUACAAAAAUAUAUUUUUGAAAUUGCAAUGAAAUUUACAUUUUGAAUGUGGGAAGUGAAAUGGAUUCUUUUAUAUAAGCUUAUUGUUUGAAAUAAAAAACGAGAUCAUGCA